GAGAGGCGAUCAUGUCGUUCUCGUUCUUUAGGCCGUCGAGGCCGAAGACUGCGCAAGAGUUCGUGAAGGCGGUCAAGGAUGGUCUCAUGGGCCUCGACACCAAAACUGUCGUGGAAGUUAAAGCCCUCGAGAAAGCUUUGGAAGAAGUUGAAAAGAAUUUUGCAACUAUGAGAUGCAUGAUUUCUGGAGAUGGAGAGGUUGAGCCUAAUGUCGAUCAAAUUUCCCAGCUUGCUUCUGAAAUAUGUAAAGAGGAUGUUAUUGCCCUUAUAGUUCACAACUUGCAUAUCCUAGGGUGGGAGGCAAGAAAGGAUUUGGUCUAUUGUUGGGCCAUAUUGCUAAAACAAAAGGUCGGCUCCACGUAUUGUUGUGUGGAAUAUCUUGAGAACCAUUUCGAGUUGCUAGACUCUCUUGUUGUAAGCUAUGAUAACAAGGAAAUUGCAUUGAACUGUGGAAAUAUGUUGAGGGAAUGCAUCAAGUUUCCUACGCUUGCAAAGUACAUUCUGGGGUCAGCAAGCUUUGAAUUGUUCUUUAAAUUUGUGGAGUUGCCUAAUUUUGAUGUUGCAUCUGAUGCAUUUACUACUUUUAAGGAUCUGCUCAUGAAGCAUGGAGAUAUAGUUGCUGAGUAUCUGAACAUUCACUAUGACGAGUUCUUUAUCCUAUAUGAGAAACUUUUGAGUUCAGCUAAUUAUGUCACCAAAAGGCAAUCUGUGAAGCUUCUCUCGGAGUUUCUCUUGGAGCCUCCUAAUGCCCAGAUAAUGAAGCGAUAUAUUUUAGAAGUUCGUUAUUUCAAACUCAUGAUGACGUUGUUGAAGGACUCGAGCAAAAACAUUCAGAUGACUGCUUUCCACAUCUUCAAGGUGUUCGUCGCAAAUCCUAACAAACCACAUGAAAUUAAGGUUAUCUUGUCCAAAAAUCAUGAAAAGCUGGUUUCUUUGCUUCAUGAUCUCUCAGGUGGUAAAGGUGCUGAAGAUGAGGAAUUUGAAGAAGAGAAGGAGAUAAUUAUCAAAGAAAUCAAAAGAGUAUCUCACCUUCCUAAUCUUGAACACUAAUUCCUCAUUUAGCCAAUUUCAUUGCGACAAAUGAGAGGGAUUUCUGUGGAUCCACUGCUCACCUGACGGGAGAAAGAAUUAACGAUGAAAGGCCUAAAUCUCGGCCGAUGAAGAUGUAUAGUAAAAGGAAAUGUUUUUUGUAUCCGCCCCUCCCUCACCUAGUUUGGUCCGACCAAAGGUACUGGUGCCAAAUUCUUUGUAAUUACCGAGUUAUGCGCACUAAACUCUUCAAUGGCUUUCUCUUGCCCUAAUUGCGCAAAGGAUUUGUUGCUGAUGCCAAUCUUGUCUGAUUUCUGGGUUGAUUCACUAUAGGUUCAGUUUGGUUGCGAGAUGAAUAAAAGUUGAAUUGUGUAU